UCGCGUGGAAGAGGAGUGUGUAACGGUGAAAAUCUGCCGUCAGAAAGCAGAGCUCAGACAUGAGGGCUCGUUGGACACUACUCGCCAUUACAGGGACCAUAUUUAUGUUUAGUUCAAUAUACUUGAUAAACAAAGGCAAUCUUAAACUACAGCACGGCGAUGCAGCAGUUUCAACAACUGAGGCACCGAAGCCAAAAGAACUUACCAGAGCAGAGAGGCUACAGGACCUGUACCCUGACCCGAAUAAUGACUCCUUAGUUCUACCCUCUAAAGACUUUAUGGACCGUAUGAUGCGACAGGAUGUCAUGACCCUAUAUCACAGGUACAUCAACAGCCUUCAGUAUUUCUGUCGCCGCGUUCUCCACCUGGGUAAACUAGAUGAUGGCGGCUGGGACAUCUGUGACGACAAAGAGUUUAGACCUUCUGACAGUUGUCUCGUCUAUUCCUAUGGAAUCAACUUUGACUUUAGCUUCGAUGAUGCUAUUGUGAAACAGUAUGGCUGUGAGGUGCAUGCCUAUGAUCCUAGUAUGAACAUGAUGGACCAUACCCAUGGGAAUAAGGUGUUCUUUCACAAUAUUGGCCUCACCAGUGAUAAUAGAACUAUGACAGUCAAAGGUAUUCCCUGGAGAAUGGGCACAUUUGGAGCCCACCGAACACACAAUGGCCACGUACAGAGGCCCAUUGACAUCUUAAAAGUAGACAUUGAGGAUUGGGAGUGGGUUGCAUUGCCAGAAAUGCUAUAUUCCGGAAUGCUUCGGGAUGUGCAACAGUUUGUUGUAGAACUUCAUUUAACCAGGGUCAAAGCUGAACCAAGUAUUACUCAGUAUCUCAAGUGCUUGAAAAUACUCAAAGAUAUUUAUGAUGAAGGAUUUAGAAUAUUCUGGACCCAUCGAAAUUUAUGGUGCAAAUUUUACUCAUCUUUUGGUCGUGAGGAAAGAUGUGGUUGUCAUGAGGUUUCUUUUGUGAGAGUUAAAUAAUCUGAACAUUUUAGUAACUAAUUAUAUGAUAUGUGAAUGAUAUUGUGAGUUAUGUAUAAAUUAAGGAUUAAAUGUAAUUCAUGUGGUAUUUGUUUUUUUUUUUUCAUCUUAAAUCAAUCUUGAAUUCAAAGAUCAUGUGAAAUUUUAACUUUUGUAAUGCUGACAUAUACAUGAUGAGUGAAAUGUUAAUCGGUUUUUUGCAAUUAGCUACAGCAGGAUGAAUUUUGAGAAAUUUGUGUGUGGAUGUAUUUUAAGGUAUUUGGCAGAAACAUAAUGUUGUAUGUUACUCAGUUUUGGUCUACCGAAUUGUAAGUUAUCUCUUCAAUUAGUUAUUACAUUUCUGGGAUUUUUUUUAUAAUUGUUCAAACACCUCUAAUUUAAAUGACAUGGAUGCAGUGUUAGUUUUAUUGAUAUCAAGAUGUGAAUUUCAAGUAUUGUGCCAUCCCACAAAAAAUAAUUAUGUUUUUUAAAUAUUCUUUUUUGUCAACCAGCUUCCAGUAUAUCUCAGCCUAUUUUAUUGUGCUAUAAUAGAACAACAUCAUAGCUUUAUAAAUUACCAUUGUUAACUUGUGCCUAAUUAAAUAUUCACACUGUUUUUGAAGAUUUUUUUAAUAAAAAGUAAAUUUCUCCUGGAAUAGCUUAAGAUUAUCCUGUUUAAGUGGGAAGUUUGAGGGAUUUUAUUUGUUCAAGAGAAAGUGAGGAAAGAAUUAUGCGAUGUGCGGAUAUGAUCUAGCAUAAUGUAUAAAGGUUGAUAUAUUUUUAGCAUAGCAUAGUAGAAUUACAUGUAUUACAAAACAAAGUAUUUUUAUACAUUGAAUAAUUCACUGAAAUUUUUUAUCAUCAUUUGAAAUGUUAAAAUUUAUAUCAGAAAAAAUGACAAAAUGAUAUUCUUUUUUUCAAUGAUUCAUGAUUCAUGAAUUUUUCCAUGUUGUUAUGUAUGCAUCACACCAUAAAUUAAUUACCAGCAAUUGUCUAUUACAAGGAUUUUUUUUACCAGGACAAUUUUAUGAUUCAAGUGCUGAGAAGUAGCCAAACAUUACAAGAAAUAAACUGUCGGCCUUGUCAUUCAAAUCAAAAUUCAUUUACAUCAGUGAGAUUAUGCAUUCAUUUUUGUUUGAUGUACAUAUGAUAUUUGUUAGAGACCCACCUCUAUAAAGUGACCACCUGUGUUAAAAGGUCACUUUAAAACUUCCCAAUGGUUGACUGUAUCUGUUGUUUGCUUGGUUGCAGGUUUUCUAUCUCAGUGACUCGGUCUAUAACUAGGCAAUGUCUGUUAUAAGACCACUUUAUGGACUUCUUCAGGAGGUCUCCUAGAACAAGUUGGACUGUUUGUAAAUUCAAAGUUGUUUGCACCAUAAUUUGUAUGUGAUAUAUUUCCUUUUCUAAAGUAGAAUGAAACCAUUUUUAUGCUCCUCGAAAUUUUCAGGGAAGCAUAUAGUUGUUGCCUUUUUUUUGAUAGAAUGAUCAGACUUUUGUUUUAUUUUAGGUUUGAUAUUGGAACAAACAAUGAACUUGGCUAACGUUACAUGUUCCUAGAUAUUGUACAAAUCUAGAAUAUUUUAUGUUUUGUGAUUAAUAUCCUUUAAUAACAAGAUUUAAGCACAGCCUUAUGUUGGAUCAUUGUAGACAGAAAUGGGUACAGUAAUAGGAUAGAUCUAGGUUAGAGGAUUUAUUUCCUGUCACCAGAUAAGUAGGUACUUCACUUUUGUUCCGUUAACUACAUUGUAAUAUCUACAGCUUCACGGACAGCAUUUGCUAGACAAAUUUUAUUUUUGUGGGAAGUCUAAGGUGAAUCAAAAGGUCAUGUUACUAUAAGAAUAUAUAUAAAAUGAAUCAGAGCCUAGAUAUAAUCAGCAGUAAGCUUUGAUCUACUCAUUCUUAUGGUCAGAUGCCCCUGUGGUUAAAUUAAAAACAAACUGUCCCUUCCUUUAUCUAAACACUUCUUGAAUUUCUGACUUCAGAUGGGGUUACACAGUUACUCUUCAUGAAAAAAACCUUGUCAUACUGCCGUACUGGUCCUCUUUUUGAUAUUUUAUCAUACUUGUGUUUUUCUCCCAGCAUGCCUCUUUUUCUCCCAGCAUGCCUCAUCAUUCCUCCUGCUAUUGUGAUGUCAUUUCCUGGAUAACUUGACCACAAAAUACUCUAGUCAAUAUCAUUGCAUCAUUAGGCUCAUUUAUAAACAUUAAUAUAUCAAUGCAUCAAAAGCAAUUAUAUUUGUGUAUUUAUAUAUUUGUGCAUGUAUACAAUGAUUUUGUGUGAAUCCAAAGCAUUCUACACUUUGUUUUAACAUUGCGUUCUUCACUGUAUCAGUAAGACACCUUAAUUCAUUUACAAAUGUAAUAUUUUAGUAUCCUAUAGAUUGUUUCCUUGGAUACUAAUUCCUGUAUAUUCUAACAUUUUAUAUCAGUCUGGAGUUGAUCGGUCUGGAGUCGACUAUUGGAUGUUAAAGCCAAGGGUGCUGGGCAAAGUGCUUUUCCUUGAGGAUGUAGAUUUCAGGACAUUUAACAGUUACUUCUAUUGUCAAAAUGUCUUAACUUGAAUCUCUUUACACUGUGAAUGUGUUUUGAAGAUUGCAUAAUAUGUUAUGAGAUGGCAGAAUUUGAGAUUAUGUUGACUUUUGAUAUGUUAAAUAUUUUCCCAAAUGCCAAACGCUUUUGAUUUUUACUACUUUAUCAGACUAACUUUAAGACUCAUUUUGAUAAACAGAAGUUCGAAUAUAUUAGUGACUUGAGUAAUUCAUGGAGUAGCAAAGCACUUCAUCAUCAAAUUCUAUAUUCUCCAGAAUCUUGACAAUGACUUCUAAGGCAUGUAUUUAUCAGUGGAAAGUCUUUAAUACUCUGCUCCUAAAAAAGGUUUCAAACUGAAGACAGGUUUAUAAUUUUUAAGAUGAUUGGCCAUUGAAUAUUACUUUUUAGUUGAUGGAGUGCUGAGAUUUCUGUAAACAAAAAGAGUAUCGGGUUGGAAAAUCAAGUACUGAGAUUUCUGUAACCAAGAGUAUAAGCUUAAAAAUGUUUUUGCUUGAUUAAAUGUGAUUAUAGGGUAAGUGAUAUUAUGAAAGGAUAACAAAUCUAAACAGAUGCCUUUUAUUCAAUCCCACUGGUUGCUGUUGUAAUCAGUUUUAAGUUAAAUGCACAUGAAGGAUUAAUCAUACGGUAAAAAUGCCCGUUUUGAAGUGUUUUAAAUUUUUGCAUAUGGUUAAAAAUUUUGUGACAUAAUUUAGAGUCUUUAAAAUUGUUAAUGGUCAUGAAUUUUUGGUUUGGUCCAAAGGAGAUUCUGCCCACAAAUAUUUUGUUUCUGGAAAAAAGGGAAACCAGGGAUAAUGAUUUUGGAUGAAAUUGUAACAGAUUUCCAGAGGGCAGUUGGAAUUUUGUUUUUGUUUACUUCUGUCGUUGUUUGAUUUUGUUGAAUUGAAAUAUAUAUUCAUUAUGUUGUUUAUAUUAAUGUAUUGGUUUG